AUGGAGGAGAUGGAGCGAGAGUUCGAAGAAAUUGAUGAGUUCGAGGCACAGCUGAGUACCAUCACCUCAGCGGCUCGUCCACGUGUCACUGACACUCCUUCUCUCCCCUCCUCUGCUGCACCAACCAUCAACCCCACCCACACCCUGCCUAGCACUAUCACCGCUUCACCCAACCAUACCACCACCGUGCUUGAUCUGCAACACAUAUCCCCGCCUUCCUCUCAGCCUCCUGUUUCUCCCGCCGUACCCUCUCACCGUCCCUCCAUCCCUCCUCUCCUCUCCCAUCAGCCCUCGCCCCCUUCUUUCCCUCUGUCCGUGCCCCCACCUCUUCCUGCCACUGCCCCCGCGCUGGUCCCUUCUGCUCCAUUCGCCGGCACUACUUGUGCUCCCCCCUCUUCCACUGCACCCCCUGCUGCGCGCCCCUCCCCCGAGCCCCCUGCCGCGCGCCCCUCCCCCGAACCCCGUGCUGCACGCCCCUCUCCCGAAACCUCUGCUGCGCACUCUUCCCCCGAGCCCCCUGCUGCCCGCCCCUCCCCCGAACCCUCUGCUGCGCAGCCUCCCCUUGAGCCCUCUGCUGCGUACGCCCCCUUGGAACGCAUGGGGGCAGGCAGAAGUGCGCCCACUGAGGCUGCUGGUGCUGCUGCAGGCGCGGAUGCGCCGCAGCCUGUGGGUGGUGCGAGCAGGGAAGGUCAUGGAGACUCAGGGACAGGGCAACGGUCGGAAGGGAAAGGCGAUACUGCUAGAAUAGCGGCGGGGGCAGUAGAGGAAGCAGCAGCAGGAGCAGCAGCAGCAGCAGCAGGAGGAGCAGGAGCAGGGAAAGCAGAGGAAGGAGCAAGGGUAGAAGCAGCAGUGGAAGCAGGCAGCAGCUUGCAACAAAGCACAAUUGAGUCGACCGUUCCAACAGGCGCCCUCUUUUCCCAGGCUCGCCCAUCACUUGUCAUUGAUCAAAUCACCCAUCAUACCACGCACUCUCUUUCCCCAUCCGCUCCUCUCAACCCCGCAGCACCACCUCCUGCCCCUCUCACAUCCCCACAAGCUCAACCCACAUGGCAAGCCACCGCCUCUCCUCCCGCAACCCCUCCCUCCUCGCGAACCAGUAGCAUCCUGCGACGCUUCACCCUUCCUCUGCUGCACACGCCCCACGCUCGCCACAGCACGUCGUCACCCUCGCCCGCACAUGCACACCCGCACAUAGCCUUGUCUUCCCCAUCGUCCACCCCUACGCUGCCUUCCGCCCUGUCCUCUGCUGCGCCGCCUCUUUCACCGUCUGCCCCACCGUCUGCCUCAUCGUCGUCCUUUGCGUUGUCAUCAGCUCGCCGCUUCUUCCCCAUCAGCCGAUCCACCUCUGCUGCCUCCCACUCCUCCGUUCACUCCCACUCCCAUUCCCUCUCCAACUCCCCUACAGCUGCCUCCCCUACCACGCCUACCAGCAACUUCCGUCUCGUCCCCUCCGUCUCUGCACGCUACCGUUUCCCCUCCAGCCGAUCCACAUCCAGUGUGCCAUCCCCCUCCGCUGCUGCUGCCGCCCUUGCCUCCCCCUCGUCCGCCCCCGCCUCUUCUGCUGCCGCGGCUCAGCUUGACAGCAGCGGGGGUGGUGGCGCUUCAGGCACAGACGCAACUGGCGAGAGAACGGGAGAGAGAGCAGGAGAGAGGUUGGAUAUGAGCAGCAUGGACCCUGCCCGCCUGCUGCAGCGGCUGGCAGCAAGGGCGAGGCUGAGCGAGGAGGAAGAGCGGAUGGUGGAGCAACUAGCAGAAACCCUUCCGGGGAUCCGGGAGAUGGUGAAUCGUCGACAACAGCUGUUGGGAAAAGAGGCACAGGAGCGGAACAAGGCUGUGGAAAGCCAGGAGGAAGAGGUGGUUGCGGGGGAGGGUGAUCGGGUUGGCCGGGUUGUGAGUGCAAUUGAGGAAGGAGAUGAGUGGGAUGAAGCGGCUGAGGCGCCGGGGAAAUCGGCAGAGAAUCAGCCGCAGCAGCAGCAGCAGCAGCAGAGGCAGCAGCAGAGGUCCUACGCCGGUAUGCCCUUCCCCUCCCCAGUGCCCUCUCCCUCGCCCCCACCAAUCAGUCGAACGUCUGCAGCGGCACUGCAGUGGCCUAGGAGUGUGUCUGCGGCUGCUGCAAGCAGCACACGGAGCAAGGAGGGGGCGGAUGAGGAGAAAGGGAAGGACGGCGAGGGGCCCUCCUCCCCGUUGCACCCGCCAUCACUGGGAUGUUCACAGGGCCUGUGGAGACUGGAUGUGUGGCGCAAGCUCCUCUCGCCUACCACCCCCACCUGA